AUGCCCGAAACAAAGCCAAAAGCCUGCUCCGCCUGCAACGGCACCUGCCAGCGCACCUGUCCUCGAUGCGGCGGCACUGGCUCCGACGCGUUUGUCGAGAGCGCCAUCUGCAUUCACUGCGACGCGACCGGGCGAGUAAAGUGCGUGGCCAGCAGCGCCAAGGGCAAAAAAGCGAACUGA